AUGUCGCAGCCUCAACCGUUAACAGUAAAUAUGGUGAGAGGGGCGACGUCAGUGCUUACGCUAGCGCUGGCAUGGGCAUGUGUAGUGCGCGCCAGCGUCCUUGUUCCCACCUACGUACUGCCGCCUGACUCGUUCAUACGUGAUCAACGUUCUCUUGGUUCUCGAUCCGACACCGACUCCUCAGAAUCGCAACGAACGAUCAAACGUUUAAUCGGUGGACAUAUGAAAAUAAUUUCGGAAAAGGAACAUGGAAACGCUAAAAACGCUAUUAACUUGGACUCUAAAAGUGAAAGUGGAAAAUUUGCAGGUGUGAUUGUGUCAGAAAUGUCGGGCGGCACGAUGGGAUGGAAUCAAGGUAUCUGGGACGAUGGCAUGCUCAUGUCAAGCGCCGGAGAAGGGAAAGAAACGGGAAAAAUAAAAGAGGACGAUGAGGAGAAGAAGACAUUAUCAGAUCAGGUGGCCGAAGGGAAGUACGGAUUGAUACAAAACGAAAUAUUUGCCAAGGACCCGAAACGGCCAGGAAUUUUGAGUUAUGAGCCUAAUUCCGAGACUCGAUCUAAAGAUAAUCUGCAAAGUCUUGGAGGUCUAAAGAAAGACGAAAUAUGGCUUGCGGAAGAUCAUUUAUUAGUGCUUAAAGGCGGCUCAUUUCCAGAACGCACCAAAGAAACUGAAAAUAGGCCAUGGCCACCGAUUGAUAGUUAUGAGGCGCCCAGAAGGCAAGUAAAAUUACCACAAAAGCCCAAAAUACCACCGCCCUUUCCCGUACGACUCUCCGACGACGGACCGCUCAUCUUCCUUACACCAAACGGCAGUAUCCCUGCGCCCCUUUCCUCUCCUUUCUUUACAGGAGAAGGCGAAAGCCCUGUAUUUCCUCCGCCAUUCCUUUUCCCAGCGGGAGCGCCCUACCCCCCGGGUGAUUAUCCGAGAAACUUUACUACCGGGGAAGCGCCGUUGCCAGGUCCUCCGUUCCCAUUCCUACCCGGGAAUGCGAGCGAAGGAGCAUUCCCCUACUCCGCAUCCAUGAACGGCUCUUUUCCAGAAGGCUUUCCUCCGGGAGCAGCAUUUCUACCACCACCCAGCAACCAAACAGACCUGUACGACGAAGACGACCCUUCGAUUUACUAUCCGCCGCCAUACAAUUUUUCUUAUCACAAUGAUUACAAUAGUAGUGUACCAGCUGGUCCUCUAGUACCUGGAAUAAUAUUACCGCCACCGCCAGAUUUCUUUGCGCCAAUAGAAGAAAAAAUGACGACAGAUGUAAAUAAAGCUACACGACCUACUUCUGCAACAAAUACAAGAUCAAAGUCUACGACAAAGCAGCCAAUACAAACUACUGUAUUUAGAGGCAAAUAUAAAAAUAGGCCUACUACCACAGAGUCUACGAAAUCAACAGAAGUUCCUACAACGACUCCACUUGCAGAAAUUGUUACUUCUCCAAAGUACAGAAAAGCCCAGCGAGUUAUCCCAAUACCACCAAGAAACCCAGUGAGAGUACAAAAUCUGCCAGAUGAGAUUAUUACGAAACCGAGAACUGAAAAACCAACUUAUAAAACACGAACGAAACUUACUUCGAAACCCUUAUCUGUAUCUGUGUUUUACGAUUACCCGGAACCGAUUUACAAUAUUAAAACAACUACAGAAAAGCCUUAUAUUAUUUACAAGGUACCAGAAAAACAAAGUAGUGAAAAAGCUAAGGAUGUGACAUCAACAUCAGUACCACUGAGAGCAUAUUACUCAAAUAAUAUUCAGAAUGACGAAGCUCCUACAACUAAAUUACAACCAGUGUAUAAUCGUAAACCCAAUGAAGACGCUAUAGCUUCAUUUUAUUUCUUCGAUGAACAACCAAAAAGUUCUCCCACACCUGAAACUUAUUUUGACGGACGUCAUUACUAUAAAACUGUACCUAGUCAAACAUCAUACAAACAAAAUCAACAACAAUCAAAUUCUCAAUCUGGGUUCUCUCCAUCUGUAGACGUCGCAUACGGAUCUAUUGACCAGGCCGAUGCCGUAUUUUUAUGGCCUCAGAAACAAGGUCCUCACACACUUACGCAAGAAUAUUUCAGCGUUCAAAAACCGAGGCAACAAGUUUAUGUGCAACAGGCAAAACCACGGCCGGAUCCAUUCUACCAACAGAUAGCUGAUAUUCAACAUACUAUUGAAUUAUAUACGACGAAAAGACCAAAAUCUCACUCUCACAGACCUCACACAACGAAACCUAAAGCCGUGACAUCCCGACCAGUAUACCAAUUCAGCUAUGAAUCGAAACCUCGUCCUGAAAAAUUGAAUUUCCGAGCUCCUAAACUUGAUCCUGAACCAUUUAGGCCUAUGGUAAGCUAUAGUAAGCCUUUUAAUUUAGAAAAUGAAUUUAAUGCUAUUUCGCCAUCAGCGUCACCUGGAUACCAUCAACAAUACCUUGUAGAAAACGUACAAGUUCACACAGAAAGUCCAACUUCGUCGAGGUACUAUCCUAAAACCAAAACGAGAGAUGAGGAUUAUGAAGAUGCUGUUUAUAACAGGAACGUAUCUCCAAAAAGUAUAAAUCAUAUUCCAGCCCAAACUGGUAAGCCUGGACUCCACGUAAACAAGUACCCGAGCACCACACCAAAUCCUAUUAGCAACGGUUAUUACACUAAACAAGAUGAGAAGUACUUCGAUGACAUCACGAAAAAUUCCUUUGAUGUAUUCGGUCAGAAGUUAGAAGAUGGAAUGCACGAUGUGAACGGUUUAGGCGUUACCCCUUCAUUAGAAACUUUAAAAACGCCCAUCAAUAACAAUCUUAAUAUUCAAUACGACUACGAACUAGACUCACAGUCUCCACCACCGAGUCUGAUUAAAGACACAGUAGUCAACGAUCGCUUUCCGCGCCCAACGACAAACCCUUACAGCGAACAAAUCGGAGUAGGCCAUGCAAAUGCGGAACUAAUCCAACCGAUAAAACCACCAUCGCUACUGGACGACACGCGUGUAAACGAUCGGAACCCUCGACCGGAGAUCAAUCCUGACAGCGAGUUCAUACCUAUACCGAACCCUGCUUACAGGAGCCAGCAAUACAGGGUGCAGAGUCAGCCUCAGUAUACUGGUGAACAGUAUGACUUGAACAGGCCAUCGUUGGAUGGAGACACGGCUGUGAACUACAGGACGCCUCUGCCCCCAGUGAAUCCUGACGCUGAAUGGGUGGGGCAAAGGGGCGCGGGCGAUGGACAUCGUGGCGCGUACGUGUCGUAUCGGCUACCGGGCGAAGGUGCGCACGUGUACUUCCUAACGCCGCAGGCCACGCGGGAAAGGUACCGCUCGCCCGGUUAUGGACGG